AUGGGGGUUGUUAAGAAAAACAAAACUGUGGUUAGGAAAAGCCCUAGACAGCAUCAAUGCAAGUAUUGUUAUAAGAUUUUCCCAUUUCCCAACGUGUUGAAAAAGCAUUACAGGGUCCAUACGGGUGAACGACCGUAUGAGUGUGAUUUAUGUGGAAAUAGAUUUACACACCAGAAUACUCUAAAAAACCAUAAGAUGUGCAUUCACAAUUGUGGUCGGGAAGAAGAUUUUACUUGUGGUCAUUGUGAUAAAAAGUUUCCAAUCAAGGAACGACUUAUUGAACACGUGCGCAUUCAUACCGGAUAUUAUCCUCACAGAUGCGACAAAUGCUUAAAAUCCUUCACACGAGCCAGUCAACUAUGGCAACAUGCGCGUUCUCAUAACAAACAAUAUACACUAGAAUGUGCAAUAUGUCAUCAAUUAUUUGCUUGUCGUUCAGUUCUACGUGGCCAUAUGAAACGGCAUAUGGGACAAAAUGAUUAUGUGUGUGAAGUGUGUGGAAAGGCAUUUUUACGUAGGGAUGGUCUAACUAAACAUCUAUCUAGCUAUCAUAAUAAUAUCAGAGCAUUUACAUGUAAAAUUUGCAAUAAACAGUUUAAAGGACAUAUGAUACAACAUUUGAGGACACAUCGUCAUGAAAAGCCUUAUGAAUGUAAAAGUUGUGAUGCUCGUUUUGUACAACGUUCUCAACUUACAGUACAUGAGAGAAGACAUAGUGGAGAAAAACCUUAUCCAUGUCCAGUAUGUAAGGUAUCCUUUGCACAUUCUACAGCUAUGAAAAUGCAUGUGAGACGUCAUACUGGAGAAAAACCUUUUAAAUGUCUUGUUUGUACCAAUACAGCUUUUACACAACUACCACAUUUAAAAAAACAUAUGUUAACCAUACACAAAACAGACAAACCAUACUUGUGUGUCAAGUGUAAUUCAUAUUUCAAAACAAAAACUCAAAUAAUAACUCAUGAAGAAACAUGUUCGCCAAAACAAGAAACAAAAGAAUUUAUUCCUCCUGGUAUGGCUUUGGACCGAAUGCGGAUGUUAUUGGCAGUUUUACUGAUACGCAUAUCAACCACUGAACGCUUAAAUGCAUUAGGGUUUGGAAAAAGACUUAUUGAUUUGGUAUUAUGUGAUUCUAUUGAAAAUUCUGGCCGUAAUCCUUACCGUGGUAAUGGUCAAAGUGAAAAUGAUUUGUUGAAAAAGAAUAUUGAAAUAUUAUUAGACUGGACUGUCCCAAAAAUGUAUAUGGAUCGGUUCAAAAGUGAAAGACGUACGACUGAAGAAAUUUUAGAGGAACUAACAUCAUGA